AUUCCAAUCAAUGGGAUCUUCAAGUUGGCUUACCAUACAAGCAAAAUCAAAAGCUGAAAGCAAACAAAAGUUGCCAAAGUUUCCAAGUCUCACUCUCCUUUUUUCUUUGUUCCUCUCUUUCUUUUUGGCUAAUAAUACUCUAUCUAGUACCUAUUUAUCUUGGUUUACUGUUUUGGGGUUUAGCCGUUUAGUAGUAUUUCAUUGUUGAAUAGUUUUUCUUGGUUGGGGGGUGCUGCUUCUCUCCAUCAAAGUUGGAGAUUCAAGAUUAACAUGGGAACUUUGAGUUUUGCUCCGAUUCUGCCUACAAAGCCAAGACCUUCAGUCUUUGAACAAAACAAGUCUCCUUUUGUUUCAAGAAGAAGAUCCAAGAAGAAGAAUCUACCUAUUGUUCCUGUAGCAAGGUUGUUUGGGCCAGCUAUAUUCGAGGCAUCAAAGCUAAAAGUUCUGUUUUUAGGAGUGGAUGAGAAGAAGCACCCAGGGAAGCUUCCCAGAACUUAUACACUUACACAUAGUGAUAUAACAUCGAAACUUACCUUAGCGAUCUCACAAACCAUUAACAACUCUCAGUUGCAGGGUUGGGCGAACAAAUUAUACAGGGACGAAGUAGUGGCUGAAUGGAAGAAAGUGAAGGGAAAAAUGUCACUACACGUCCAUUGUCACAUAAGCGGAGGCCAUUUCCUCUUGGACUUGUGUGCUGGACUUAGAUACUUCAUCUUCUGCAAAGAACUACCCGUGGUACUGAAGGCGUUUGUCCAUGGAGACGGGAAUCUGCUAAAGAACUACCCAGAAUUACAGGAAGCAUUGGUAUGGGUUUAUUUUCACUCAAACAUUCCGGAAUUCAACAAAGUAGAGUGUUGGGGUCCACUAGUGGAAGGUGGGUCCCAACAAGGAGGGAAAAAGCAAGAAAUAUUGGCAAGUAACUGGGAAUUGCCUCAUCCAUGUCCAGACAACUGUGACUGUUGUUUUCCACCGAUGAGUUUGAUCCCAUGGUCACAAGAGCUUCCCCACCAAAAUUAAAAACAUCAUGGGUCCCAGUCAACUGCAGCGGUUACGUCUACUAAUCUGGAAAGUUGAUAUUUAAUUUCAAAAUUAUAAGAUCAUUGCUUACCAUUCAUUUAUAGUAAACAUGUGUGUUGUCAAGAUGUAAAUAUACAAAAGUCAAUUUUCUUAAAAUACUUCACUUCAAGUAAUAGAUCUUUUUCAAGGGGAUGUGUUUAAAUACCAUCCAUAUGCUUGCUUUUAGCGGACCAGCUACACUUCACGUCAAAAUGUGCCCAUAAUUUUUUUAAUGAAUAUUUGGCUUUUAUAUUUUAUUUUUUU